AUGGAACUCGUUACGGCAAUUGCGGAACAAAGUCGAGGUGCUGCGUUGGAAAACGAAAUGUUCACUGCAACCGCAAUGACUUGUGCUCAAACCUGGCGACAUGCAGGUACGAAUGGUGUCAAAGAUUCUCGCGACAUGUUCUCAGCAAUUAACCGACAUGAACAAUUUAGGAUGUACGCACGAACUACCAUCAAGGCGCGUUUAUUCUCAAUGAUGACCCAGACGAUAAGUGACAAAUCUGGGGCGACGGUUUAUUCGCCUGGCCUGGUGGUCCUGGGAACGCGAUUUUACGAAAGUUCACGUUACGGAGAUGAAGAUAAAAAUGCUUUAUUUUAUUUCUCAAUGGUGCGUGAGAGAAUCGUCGGCAAGAAAUUCUAUGAUCAGCAUGGCGAUCGUUCAUUAUUACGAAAAUGAUAAGGUAAUUAGGCGGAAUGACUGGAGUGCAUCAGGUGCUGGCAGCUUAUUAUCAAAGAGUUUCACAGAAAAGAAAAGGCGGCGCCAAUGAUCAUCGGUCCGAGCAAUCAACAGCAACGGAAUUCAACGAUUGGGGGAGGCUCUGUAUUUGGCGGUGAUACAUCA